GCAGGCGUGGCAAUGGCAGAUUCUGCACGGUAGAGUUCAUGGCAAGUAUUUGUCUAAUAUAAGCCAAGCAAGACAAACAGGCUUCAGAGUGAAGACUGGAACGACUGGAGGGAGGUGCAUAGCUGCAGCUCAAAGAAAAUGAAUGGCACACUGGAUCACCCAGACCAACCUGAUCUAGAUGCUAUCAAAAUGUUUGUGGGUCAAGUCCCACGGAGCUGGUGUGAGAAGGAUCUAAGAGAACUUUUUGAACAGUAUGGUGCUGUCUAUGAAAUCAAUGUCUUGCGGGACAGGAGCCAAAACCCUCCUCAAAGCAAAGGGUGCUGUUUUGUUACAUUUUAUACCCGUAAAGCUGCACUAGAAGCACAGAAUGCUCUUCACAACAUGAAGAUCCUCCCAGGGAUGCACCAUCCUAUCCAGAUGAAACCAGCUGAUAGUGAAAAGAGUAAUGCAGUAGAAGAUAGGAAGUUGUUUAUUGGAAUGAUAUCCAAGAAGUGCAAUGAAAACGAUAUUCGAGUGAUGUUCUCCCCCUUUGGGCAGAUUGAAGAAUGCAGGAUAUUACGGGGCCCGGAUGGCCUGAGCCGAGGUUGUGCAUUUGUGACUUUUACAACAAGAGCCAUGGCACAAACAGCAAUCAAAGCAAUGCACCAAGCACAAACCAUGGAGGGUUGCUCUUCUCCCAUUGUUGUAAAAUUUGCAGACACGCAGAAGGACAAAGAGCAGAAACGAAUUGCUCAGCAACUUCAGCAACAAAUGCAACAGAUCAGUGCUGCCUCAAUAUGGGGAAACCUGGCUGGUCUCAACACACUUGGACCCCAGUACUUAGCACUUUAUUUGCAGCUCCUUCAGCAGACAGCAGCUGCUUCAUCUGGGAACCUGAACACACUGAGCAGCCUCCACCCGAUGGGAGGACUGAAUGCGAUGCAGUUACAGAACCUGGCAGCGUUGGCAGCUGCAGCCAGUGCAGCUCAGAACACACCAAGUGGCACCGCUGCUCUCACCUCCUCCAGCAGCCCCCUGAGUGUGCUCACCAGCUCAGCAGGUUCCUCACCUAGUUCCAGUAGCAGCUCCUCUGUUAAUCCAAUGGCUUCUCUUGGAGCACUGCAGACGCUGGCAGGUGCUACAGCUGGCCUCAACGUUAGCUCUUUAGCAGGAAUGGCAGCCUUAAAUGGAGGACUUGGCAGUGGUGGUCUCUCAAAUGGGACAGGUAGCACAAUGGAAGCCCUCACACAAGCUUAUUCUGGAAUCCAGCAAUAUGCUGCUGCUGCACUGCCCACACUCUAUAACCAGAGUCUGUUAACACAGCAGAGUAUUGGUGCAGCAGGAAGUCAAAAAGAAGGUCCAGAGGGAGCCAAUCUGUUUAUCUACCAUCUUCCCCAAGAGUUUGGGGAUCAAGAUCUGCUGCAGAUGUUCAUGCCAUUUGGAAAUGUCGUCUCUGCCAAGGUUUUCAUUGACAAGCAGACCAAUUUAAGCAAGUGUUUUGGUUUUGUAAGUUACGACAAUCCUGUCUCUGCGCAGGCUGCCAUUCAGUCAAUGAACGGCUUCCAGAUCGGCAUGAAGCGGCUGAAAGUACAGCUCAAGCGCUCCAAGAACGACAGCAAGCCAUACUGAGCACCCCUCCCCUCCGGGACUGGAGUGAGAAGGAUCUUCUGGUAAGUUGGAGAGGAGCGCACUUAGUGAUUCGAAGCCCUAAGGCUGUGUUUUUACAGUCCUGGAAGCUGAUCCAUGCGUUCUAUCUGGCACAUCUUCCCUUGAAGACUCUGCUGCAGCCUCUGCUGAGAAUCCCGCUUCGGAUGGAGGACAAGUUUGUGCUUUUGUUUCCAGUGUUUUACUUUGGAGUUUAGGUGCCAUAUCGCUGAGGUUUUUUUUGUUUAGUUUUGGUUUUUUUUUUCUCCCUUAUUUGAAGUUUGCUGUGUUUGUAACCAGUGUGUGUUGAGAAGGACCAAUGCCAGCUCCUUGGGGGUGGGGAGAGAAGGUUAAAGGGAGCAGCAGAAACUGACACCACACUGCCUUGGGGUAGAGAGGAGAAGGGAAAGCAGAAAUAACACAGAACAGCUGAUGAAAACAAAGAUGGUCAAGGAGAACAGAGUCCUGGGUGAGAAAGAACCAACCCCAUGUAGCCUUUGUCAUACCCCAUCUGCUCUUUGAAAUUUCCUUAACUGUAUGCCACAGUGGGGAUUUAUUAAAUCAUCUCUAAAGCAGGAGACAGGCUAAAAGGGUGAACACAUUAACAAGCCAAAGGAAAACUGCAGUGAUUUUUUUUUUUUUUUGCUGUAUAUAAACUAGUGUUUAUAUAGCAGUGUGAAUGUACACAGCACUUUAUAAAACUAUUAUAUAAUGUCUCUGCCCAGAAAAUUUUACUCUGUCUACAGUGGAAUAUUAAUGAGAUGCAGUGAAUUUCUCCAUGUAUAAGAAAAAUUAACCUAUGUACUUCAUCUAGGUUUUGUGGAAAGAUAGAGGCAGCUAAGUCUGGAUGAAUACAUCUGUGUCUGGAAACAAGAAACUUUAGAUCCCUGGUAACAUGCAGAAAUUUUUGACAAUUUUUUCUUCGUAACAGUUGAUCACUGUCCCCAUUUCUGUGGAAUAAUGUCCUUUAUUUGCAGAGAUUGCUAUGAAUUCCUUUUCAUAAGAACAAUGUAAGUGCUGAUUGUUUAUUGAAAUUAUAAUUUCCUGUUUUGUUGGGGUUUUUUGUUGGUUUUUUUUAAUGAACAAAACUCAUGCAGUGACUUGGUCUAGUAAAUAGGUGUAUCUCUCUACUGCAGUUUUCCUUUAAGGUGGUGUGUACCAGUGCAAAACAGGCCAAACCAGGAGCUGCGGAACCAGAGUAUUGAGCCAUUCAGUCUUUUAAUGCCUUUUGGUACAAGCUGUUAUUUUUUAUAUUGAAGGAAGAUUGAACACACCCCUUAACUGAGCACACACUUUUUCUGCACACCAGUGAAAUUGCUAGUGCAUUGCUAAGGGCCUUUGAUAUUCACUGGUUUUAGGGGGCUCAAAGGACUUUUGACACUCUGGCCUGAGCUGUUUCAAGAAAUCAGUGUAGAGUUCCAUUUUAUAACCACCAAAAUCCACCUCUGUCACAAGAGGAAGUUUACAAUUUCUGUGUCUUUAACAGAAGUUUGAUUUACCUCAUAGUAUCUCCUUUUCCUUGUUUUCUUUGUAUUCCUGGGUUGUAAGGCUGUUUCCCAGGGCUCCAACUAACACUGCAGUCUGGGAGCCAGCUGCUAAAUGAUGUGUGUGGGUCAGAUGUGGGGUCAGGACUUUGUGUUCUGCUCCAGCAGGAGGAGCACUAAACCCAUCAAACCUGAGAUCUCGGUCAGAGUCCCCACUUGUGUGUGGUGAUCUGUUGGGAAUGUUGGGCAUUUCCAGGGACUGGGCCCCCUGGGAUUUCAAACCUCAGAAUUACAAGGCCUGAUAUGUAACAUCCCAAGGGGAGCCCUUUCCAGUUCUUAGAUUGAAAAUAAAACAGUGGAUGUCAGUCUGUCCAUAUUGAUGGCAGACAGGUAAAUCUGUCAGUAUUAUUUAAAUAAUUUUGUGGUGGCAAAGUUUCAAAGGCCAGAUUGCCAAAUUUCCCAGUUAUGCUGGCAUGUGGUACCCUUCUAUGUUAAUUAUUUGAAUCUCUCUAGAGACGUAAACAUACACUGAAGUGAACCAUGUACACUUGAAUUCUGCACCAUAGGAAAGAUGUGUCCUGGUUUUCUGAGAAAAGAGUGUUGGAGUGUGAAGGCCUCCAGGGUGAUGAUGGGAUUUUUUUUUUUAUAUAUAUAUAUAUAUAAAUUAUAUACUUUUCAAAAAAAAGGAAAAAAGAAAAAAAAACAUAAAAAAACGUAGUUGGGAGCAACUGCUCCAAGUGUAACCUGCUGUAACCAAGAAUGUUGUUUCUAUUUUUAUAGAAGUUUUAUACCGCUCCGGGGUGGAGAAUAUUUAUUACCUAAAUUAUUUCACUGGAAAAAAAGGCCAGGGUUUUGUAGAAUCCUGAAUGUGAUUGUUUUACACACAUAAUGAUGUGCAUGAUUGACACUACUGAUUUUCAGUGGCCUGUUUGCAGCCCAACAACUGCUAAACAAGGAAGAUGAAUGCUGUGAACCAGUGGAGGAGAGCACUGUGCUCUGGGGUCUCUACAGUCACUCUUACCUUCUUUGCACCCUACCCCACUGUUACUAUCCAAGAUCUUUGUCCUGUUUUUCUUUUAACCUGAUGCUCUGGCCUCUUUAUUAGUCAUUUCAAUUGCCCAAAAUUAGAUAUUUUAGCUUCUUCAUCCUAUAGUGUGUCCUCAAUACUGUAACUUACAGAUCAAGCUUGGCAUUGUUGCAAAUAGGUGUGACUCCUAUUAACUUUAGGAGAUUGUCCAGUUUACACUGUGGCUUAGUUUGAUCAGUGACUCCUCCCAGACAUAAUUACCUUAAGACACCUAACUUGGGCUAGUUCUUGUGCCUUACUGGCGUAACUAUAAGUAUUGCCAAAAAGAAAAAGAAAAUAAAUCUAUGCAGGUUAAAUUUUAAAAGAUGUGAUCCUCAGAUGGUUUGAAUCAAUGCAGUUCAGCUCUCUGAAUGCAGUAGAGCUGCAUCAGUUUUCACCAGCUGAAGAUGUUGCCCUUUUUGUGUAUUUGUUUCAGAUUUCCCUUUCUUGGUGUAUCAAUGUGUAUGUUGCCAAAGUUAAUAAAUGUAUCAAGUUUGUGACUUGGGCAGAUUUUUUUUCUGAUAACAAAACUGAACAGAUAAAGUCAACAUUUCUGUGUCUGAUUUGUGGCUGCCACUGAUUGUGGGGAUUUAGGCUGCUCUUGCCUUUCCGUCUUAAGCCAGUUUUCUUCCUCAGUUACUGGCAGGAAAGUCUGGGAUUCUGGGGACUUGGGACUUUAAAAUUUUUAGUUCGUAUCAUGCUCUCAUUCAAGUGCAAAUCAAAUCAGUGUAAAAUGCUCUUAUUUCCUGGAUAGUAAUAUAAGAGUUGGGGGAGUUCAAAUAAACUGCAGAAGGUUGGCUAAAGCAACCACAUGAGCAAAGUAUGCUGUAUGCUUAAAACCAAAGAACCUGAUUUUCUACAAGAAAACUAAAAGAAUUUCUGAUUAAAUAGAAUUCCUUAUUUACAUGUGCCACCAGGAAAUACUUAAAAUAUUUUCAGUUUACAAAGUGGAAAUGUUCUACUUCAUAGAUUUAUUCUUUUUCUCAGGAGAUAUUUAAUUUUACUGCAGUAAUAAGGUGAAAGAAUUAUGAACUUUGUCUGAUACUGCUUAAUGUCAAUACUAUAGUAAAUGAAAUAGUUUCUUCAGUCCCCUAGAUAAUCAACAGUCCAAAACAGGAUAGCUCUUUGUAAUUUAGCUCUUUUUUGAUACAAAGCUGGCAUUAUUUAAAAAUUCCAGCUCAGAAAAAUCUCACUGGCAAGUGCAUCUACCAGGAAAAAGCUUUUCACUUGAAUACUGCAAGUCACAUAUUAUGGUAAUUCUGUCAUGCAAGCUGAAUCUAACUGGACUGGUAAUGGCUGUGGAUUAGGGAAGAACAACAAAGCAGAAUGAAGUUGUUGCUAUUUUAUUUGGAAAUUCCUAAAAACAACCUGGAUAAAUCAAAUUGCAAAUGAAGGGUGCAACUAUGAACAGGUAAAAUGCUUUGAAAGCUUCUUGUUGCAGACAUUUAAACCUAAAGAGGAUUGAUAUUCCUAAUAUACCUGCCACAAAAUAUAAAACACAGAAAGCAGAAUUGUCACUAUUGUGAGAAUAAAACAAGGACAAACUGGAAUAACUUUCUCCAAGUCAUCAAGACCUUGUCCAGCAUCUCAUGGUUCUGUUUUUAUAGGCCAGUCUUUCCACAGGUCUUUGAUAAAACUCAGUCUUCGCCCUCAACAUAGCUGAGUGAAAUAUUUGAAAAAUCCGUAUCAAGAAAAUCCCCAGACAAAUCACACAGAGGAUUUCAGUGGUGCAUGCUAAGAUGUCACUUGACUUCAUGCCUCAGUUCAUGAUGAAUUUGCUUUUCUGGUUUAAGAGUGAAAUCUUGCAUCUAUCUUCAAAUUAUCUAGAGUAUUUCCUGAAAUAUAGAAAUAAGUGCAAGAGUUACACUGUAUUCUGUUUGCUGGAGUUAGUUUUUUAAACUCAGUUUAAAGUCCUUUCCCUUUAUUGGAAAACAUGAAAAGCAAAUUAAUCUCAGCAGUUCUAAUAAGAGGAGUGUUGCUGAUUUAGUAGACAAUGUGUUUCUCGUUGCUUUGGAAUGAGAAUGCAACACUUGCUAUUUUCAAAUUAUGUUAGAUAAUAUGUAAAUCUCACCUUGUUCUAGUCUGUAACCAGAAGCUUUGAAAUGUGCUGAAGAUUAAGGCCACAAAAGGAGCUAAAGGGGAGUUGAGGGUGUGGGGAGGCAGGAUAAGAAAACAAGCCGCUUCCUCCCUCUUCUGCCUCCCACUCUCAGCCCAAAAUGUUCCUUGUCUCUUGCAGUUCACAAGCUGAAGGGAGGGAACAGAAGUAUUUAUGUCACUUAAUAUAAGAAUUAUUUUUUUAUAAACGCUUCAAGAAAAUUUCAGGAAACACAUUUUUUUCUGCUCAUCAAACUGGCAACAGUGACUGUAGAGUGACUUCUCAGAGCCCAGAAUCUCCUCCUCAUGAAGCCAGGGAGCUGAAGGCUGUUACAUAAAAGGUUGGGAAUGGAAAAUCCCUGUGCAGGUCUAAUGGUAUGACAAGUGCUCAGCUAGGACAAGUCUUAACUUGCAGUCAAGUCUUAAGGAAUUCUUCUCUGAUGUGUGGGCUUUUUGUCUUGCAUAAUCUUUUUUUUUCCCCCCCUUUUCCCAGUCACCCACCCCCAGUUACAUAGGCUCCUAGGGAACGAGAAGAGACUGUAGCUAAAGGAAAGAACAUGGAUUUGCUGGGCUGCUACUGCCUAUGAACUUCCCAUGUUAGAGUGCAAGAAAAGUCUCAAAUGUCAAACCACCUGUGAAUCCCUUGUGUCCUCUGUCUUGUCUCUCAUGGUCUCAGUCGCUAUGGGCAAAUGUUUGCCCUGGAGUCGUAUUUUUGGAAUUGGUCUCCUGGGGAGGGAGUUUACUCUGUUCUAAAUGGAGGUAGUAGACACACUGGGCAUGGGGCAAGGUGAAUGGAUGCUAACCAGUGUUAGCAAUGCUCCACAGACUGGGUGCUGAGAGGGAAAUCCAGGCCUCUGCUUCCAUUUGGUUUCUGGCAGUUUGAUGUUUACUUGGUGUCCUUCAUGUACUUCAACUUUUACUUGUCCAUCGUUGGCAUGUGCUGCCCUUCCCUGUCAACUCCCUUCCCCAGGAGAUCUCAUUGUACAGUGCCCAUUCAUGUUCUCUCUCUCCGUGUUUGGAUGUACUGCUCUGUGUAACUCAGUGGGUCUCCCUCUUUCUGGUUUGUUUUUUUUUCUAGAUUCCUGCCGUUUGUUCAUCGUUGUGCCUAAAGCAUGUCGAUGUGGCGUUCAAGUACAUCGUCCAAAUCCUUGUCUCUUCAGCUUCUCUGAUGCUUGAACUCUCACCUUUGACCUUGUGUUGACUUUUGAUGCUGAUGUGUAUUUUUAUUAUGUUUGUUUCUUUUCUUUUUUUUUCUUUUUUUUUUUUUUNUUUUUUUUUUUUUUUUUUUUUUUUUUUUUUUUUUUUUUUUUUUUUUUUUGUGCUGCCAAAAUGGUUUUGCUAGAAAGACUGCUGAAGGGGAAUAUUUAAACUUGCAUUUGAAUAUAAAAGAAUUUCUAUUUUUCUAGACCUUCGUAAGAUAACCACUUGAUUUUGUGAAUCUGAUUCUUUGUAAUUUGUCUUCAGAGCAGCCUUGCUAGCAUACCUUGUGGAGUAUUUGUAUUUCUGUGAACAUACAGCCAAUCACUUUCUAGGCUUAGUUUUUUCUGUGUGCUUAGUUUUAAAAACACAGUUCAAAGAAAAAGUCAAUUAUAUGGUGUGACUCAAUCUUUCAGGAGACUUCCUAGUCACAUUUUGCUGAUCUGGUUUCUGUGCUUGAGGAGACAGCAUGUGUUUUUAUGAGUUCAAACUUGUGACUUGAAGUGGCAUCAACAGAAAACACUUGAACUAUGUUUUACUCCAAUUGUAGCUACAUUUUUGCCCUGGCAUUUACUGAUUUUUUUUUUUUAAUUAUUUUUAUUUUUUCCCCUGCUUCCCUGUGUGAUUAUCAGUCUGCAGUGAAAAUUUGAUCAAAGUUGAUGUUGUAUUUUGUUAAGCUCUGGCAUGCUUGAUUUUUUUGUAACUACAAUCUCCUCAGCAAAAUGUGAUGUUUUUGUUUUAAUCUUUCAAACUAAGAUAGUGCCCAGAAAUGUUGUGCAUGUUUCCUGCUGUUUUCUUCACACCCUCGUAUAUAUCACCUUCACCUCUCUGUUUUCUAUAGUUUGUGCAAAAACUGAGCAAUUUAAUGGGUUUCAAAGGUAUCCUUUAAAUUGGUGGGUUUGGUAUGGCAAAUAAUCUGAUCAGAAGCCACCUGAGGGCAUCUACCUGUGCACUUAGACUGUCUGCCUGACAGAGCACCUGGACCUUGCUCAUCUCCAGUGCUGUCAGAAGCUCUGAGGGUGCUUGGUUACACUGUUCCCCUAGUGGAACUUCUGGUGGAAGGGGAUAGCUGAGAGCAGGAAGGUGGGGGAACUCACAGUAUUUCUGUUUCCAAAGCUAUCUGAAGCUAGGGCUCAUUUCAAACACUGAGCAUUUUGUACAACUCAGGGCACAUUUCUGUGAAGUCCAGCCCAAAUCUAAUACAAUACCAUCAGUCAGAGUUUGGUGGCAGGAUUCUGGAAGGAUCUAGGUAAGCUCAUGAAAUAAAGUGUUUCAAAUAUCCCAGAGAAAGCACUUGUAACACUGGUCCUACAACUGCUGGCUCUUUUCCCAAACGACAAGCACAAUACAACAGCCUCUGAAGCUGUUACCUGAACAGGGUACCAUCCCCAGCUGUCUUUUCAAGGGCCUUAGCUGGGGAAUCUCUGCGGAGAUUUUUUAGUUUUUGUUUAGUUUUUAAUUGGGUAAUGAGCUGAGCAGUUUUUCUGGCUUGCAGGAUGAACUAGAACAGGUUACUGCUCUCUGGGUAGCAGGCUUCCCCUGCCCUACAUACCAUCUGCACAGGUAGAAACUGGGAAGUAGCUUCUAGAUGAAGGCACCUGAAGAGUGUGUGCUGUGAUGAAGUUUCAGUCAGAAGCAGCAGCAAGCUAGUGUAGGUAUCUUAACAGUUGAAAUAAUGUGAAAUGGAAUUCCAGAAGGGUUUUUGCUGAGAAAACAAGUGGAGUUUGAUUGGAUAGAAAUCUUAAUUUUGUCCAGUAUUUGGGAUAAUGUAAAGAUGCAAAGAUUGUUUUCUAUCCUCCUAAGUUGGUUGAGGAUACUGUAUUCUCACUAGGUAUCAACCAGAUUUGUGUAGACAGUCCUUAAUCUGCUUACAAAAAAGAACAAUUUGAAUAUGGUACAUGUACCUGGGAGUGAAUCGUGAGGCUGAAUGAAAAAGGGUAGGGACCCGUUAAUUUGGGAAGUAGAGUUGGGGGCUGGCUGCUGUUAGUCCCACAGUCUGAAUGCACAGGGCUGUGUGCUGGGGGGCGCUGAUACCCUGCAGUGGAUGGAGGAACUGCCAGUACGUUUCUGUACGUGUGCAUUUGGUUCCGUAAGGAACCUUGGGGGAAGCCUGUGGAAAAAUAUCUGAAGAAAACCAAAAUGCCAAAUGUUGGGUGUUUCUUUCCUUUCUUCUUUCCUUUCCUUCCUUUGGUUGUUUUAAUUGUUCUGUGGUGGUUUUAAUGGAUUUGAGACAGUGGAGCAGCAGCUGCCUUUCUGAUUUUUGGCUGCUUUUUGUGAAUAAUUUAAAAAGAAAAUUUACAUUUUGGAGACAAACCUGUGGGCUUUUUUAUUGGUACAAACAUUGUAUUUAACACUAGGGGUUUUGUACAGUUUUUUGCCUUUUCUACUAGAAAACAAUGUAAAGUGAUUCACAAUGUGACGAGAAAACAAAUUGCCACUAUGACCAAAUGUAGAGUCUGUUCUGCAGUUAACGGGAUUUAAUCAACUCGAAGUCGUGGUUCAGUCGUAGAAAUGCUUUUCUUUACCUUGUUUGAGCUGUUCCUUUUUUUCUUGUUUUGAUUUGCAAAACAAAAUGUCUUUUUGUGUGAAAUUGUGUUGUACUCUGUAGAGAAUUACAGAUUUUACUUUAAUGGUUUAAAAAGCAGAGGAGCGCGUGUUGCUUUUCUGAUCUGAUCACAGAGUUUGUGUAGUGGAUUUAAAAAUGAAAAGAUUUGUUACAAGUUUGGAACAAGCGAGUAUGUGUUAAAGGAAUUUUCUUCCUUUUGUGUGUGUGUGUGGUUUUUUUUCUUUUUGUCCCAAAGGGCAACUUAAAGCUGUUUUAAUUGCACAGACACACCGACAACAAGUCAUUUUGUAUAUGCCAAGUGUGGUACCUUCCUUUGUUUAUUUGCUAUUAAACUGUUUGAGAAGAG